AACCACCCAUCCCAUAUCAUCCUUAUUAUUCGACGGACAAGCCAGACACAUACGUACCCCAAUCCAUCCGAUCGGUUUGAUCAGCCCUCUCUCUCUCUCUCUUCCACUACCCCCCUCCCCUUCCCUGCCUCCCCUCCCCUCUUCCUCCACGCUCUUCUUCUCUUCUUCCCUCCAUCCUCAGACAUUGAGUUUCACACCUCUAUCGUCUUUCCCCUUGCCUUUCAGUUCUUUUUUUCUUUCUUAUCGCUAUUCGGACCAACUCCAAUCUCACUCGUUAACAAACAAUCAUCUUGACCCGCAGACCCUCUCCCUGCUGCCCUCGCUCGCCUUUUUUCUUUUUCCCUUGUUUUAAUUAUCACCCGUGGCAUCUGCGAAAUUUGGACAAAGCAGCCUUUUACGGCCGCGCCCAUUCGACUUUCAACGCUUCUUAUCCGACCAGACUCCAAUCUUCACCAUGAGUUCCGACGGUGAAAAGGUCAGAAUCUCCGGUGAGGUCUCUCGCCCGGAGCCUACCCUGCCCACUGUCAACCCUGCCGUUGAUAAGUCGGAGCCUCCUAAGCCUGCCUUCCACCCGGCCGUCUAUGUCAGCGUUUGGAUUGCCUUGAGUUCCAGUGUCAUCUUGUUCAACAAGCAUAUCCUGGAUUAUGCCCAAUUCCGUUUCCCUAUCAUCCUUACGACAUGGCACUUGGCCUUUGCGACCUUCAUGACCCAACUCCUCGCUCGCACCACCACUCUGCUCGACGGCCGCAAGACGGUCAAGAUGACUGGCCGCGUAUAUCUCCGCGCUAUCGUUCCCAUCGGCUUGUUCUUCAGUCUGAGCUUGAUUUGCGGUAACGUGACAUACUUGUACCUGAGCGUUGCUUUCAUUCAGAUGCUCAAGGCUACUACACCCGUUGCUGUCCUGUUCGCUACUUGGGGUAUGGGCAUGGCUCCCGUGAACUACAAGGUGCUCAUGAACGUGAGCAUCAUUGUCGUUGGUGUCAUCAUUGCCUCUUUCGGCGAGAUCAAGUUCGUCAUGAUUGGUUUCCUGUUUCAGAUCGGCGGUAUCAUCUUCGAGGCUACUCGUUUGGUCAUGGUCCAGCGCCUGCUCAGCUCUGCCGAGUACAAGAUGGACCCUCUCGUGUCUCUCUACUACUUUGCUCCUGUGUGUGCUGUCAUGAACGGUGUCACCGCUCUGUUCCUGGAGGUCCCCAAUUUGACCAUGGGCCACAUCUACAACGUUGGUGUGUGGACAUUGCUGGCCAAUGCUGUCGUUGCUUUCCUCCUUAACGUUUCCGUUGUCUUCCUGAUUGGCAAGACCUCGUCUCUUGUGAUGACGCUUUGCGGUGUCCUCAAGGAUAUCCUCCUCGUUGUCGCUUCCAUGAUGAUCUGGCAGACCCCCGUCACUGGUCUCCAGUUUUUCGGUUACUCCAUUGCCCUCGUCGGUCUCGUCUACUACAAGCUUGGUGGCGACAAGAUCAAGGAGUAUGCUGGUCAGGCCAACCGUGCUUGGGCCGAGUAUGGUGUCACUCACCCUGCUCAGCGCAAGUUCAUCAUCAUUGGUGCCGGUCUUCUGAUCUUCUUCCUGCUUAUGGGAUCCAUGGCUCCCAGCUAUGCUCCCGAGCAGGUCGCCAGUGUCAAGGGAAUGCUCGGUGGAGCCACUGCUGGCAAUGCUUAGAGGGGCUCACGCGCAGUUUCUCUCCUACCCCUACAAUAGUUGCAUUGCUUGGGGUCGUUGAGUCCCUUGUUCAGUCUGCGAUGUGGUACUCGCAGACUCAUUAUAGGGCGAUGAUAUGGAGGCCAAAAAGCUCCCCGGUAUCAUUCGUUUUCUCAAAAAAGAUCAUGUUUGGAUAUGUAUGGCUUGGAUUGGCCUAAGAUAAUGUUCCCGCUUGGGAUGGAGAUGCCGGAGGGUGAUGGGGUUGUCUGGGCCGGCCACAUGCGGGGAAUGUAGCUUUGUGCCUAGUCAACACAGCUCAGGGAUCGGAAGCGCUCAUCUUCCGGUGCUUAUGAACUAUUUCUUCUCCUUUUCCCUUUUUUUUUUUUUUUUUU